GUUGGUCUAUAAAAGCUGCACCCAGGAGGUAAAGAGAGCAAAGCACAAUCUCUAUCAGCAAGGGAGAAACACCAACACACACUUUGCACACACAGAUUAGAGCAGAACUGUCAUACACACAACACUUCCUGGGAUAUGAACCCUCUCGUCCUCACCUGUCUCCUGUGCUUCGUCAUCUCCGGUGCUGUCGGUGCCCUGGGAUCCGAGGCCACGUUCUCCGGUGAACUAGCUGGAGUGACCGGGGGUCCGGCCUCCGGCGAGGGCCUCCUGAGUUUGCUGGGCGACGAUGACGAGCUGGAAGUAGAUGAGGACGUCUCGGGAGCAGACAACGGAAAUUUCAGCCUUAUCGAUUUACAUCCCAGUAGAGAUGAGAAGAAGAAGAGAAAAGGCAAAGGCAAGAAGAGGAACAAGAGCAAGAGCAAAAACACGACUCCUAUCAUCCCCGAGCACACUAUCACUAACGGAUACACGUCGACUCUCAGCACCACGGAGGAUCCCUGCACCUCCACCCACCUGGGCUACUGCAUCCAUGGCUACUGCAAGUACAUAGAGGGCCUGCAGGAGCCAGUAUGUAUAUGCAUGAAGGGUUAUGACGGGGCGCGCUGUGGGAUCCAGUCUCUGGGGACGAUUAAAACCCAGCCCGAUCAGAUCACCAACACUGAGUUGGUGCAGACGGUCUUAGUGAUCAUCGCCGUGGUCCUGUCGGUCAUCAGCUGCACCGCCAUCCUGCUCAUGACUUGUGCUCAUUACAGGUCACAUAAAAACUUCCUGGCAUCCUACCUGGGAACUGGGACGGAGCAGGAGAAGCUACAGAAACCAGUCGGGGACGUUGUGGUGUGAGGGCGUCAAGUUACGUUGAGCCAGCUGCACGACUCAAAGACGAAGCGGACGGGAGGAGCCUGAGGACCUGAUAAAGCAGUAGAGUGAAUAGACUGCUUCAUUAGAUGCUGUGUAACAAAGAGUUUGUUAGAAUGUAAUUUAUUUAGUGUGAUUAUUUAUUGCUAACGACUGUAUGAGUAUGUUUGUAUGUUGGACCAUUGUUAUCAUGUCUAUUAUGUGCGAAUGUGUGCGAUUCGGUCUUAUUUAUUGCACUGCCGUUGUUAUAGGUCAGAGAAAUGCUCUUCAUCUCACUCUGGGAAAGGGAUGGAAUUUGAUCACCAAUAAAGUAUCUCAGUGUUAAGUGAA